AAAUUUCGCAGCGGCAGCAAAAGAGAGCGAGAAGAGGUGUUUCGGGGUCAAGUGUGCGACGAGGGGGUGCGAGCGCCCCGCGGUGCGGAAUACCGGUACAAGCGAGCACGACGGCGGGCAAAAUAAUCGAUGGCGGGCGGAUUCAAGAUGGCCGCCCCGAGUGUACGUUCGCGGCCGUCGGAGCAAGGCGGUCGUCGCGCAGUGUGAGGAUGUGAUCGCGAUGGCGGAGGACGAGAGCGAGGCCCUGAAGCACGUCAGGGUGCUGCAGAGCAUGAUCGACCUUUCGGCCGAGCGGCUGGAGGGCUUGCGCACGGAAUGCGUCACCACGGAGCGGCUCACGCAGCACGAGAUCCGCACCCUCGAGGGCAAGCUGGUCAAGCUGUUCUCGCGGCAGAUGCUGGCCCGGGGGCAGCUGAGGGAGCCGCACCGCGCCCCCGGCCACGGCCAGAGCUGUCUCGUCCAGUGGCUCAAGGUCGUCGGCCUCAAGCAGGACUCGAUCAACGCCGUUUGCUGGAAGGUCCAGUCGCUGGAGAUCCUGCGCGACAAAUCGGAGCACGAGGUGCGGCUCAUUCUCACGGAGGCGGGUCUCAGGGAGGAAGAAACCAGACGGCUCGCAAGGGCCCUCAGGAACCUUCGUAAAUAUAUAGACAUUUUGGCGCGCGAGGAGCGCAAGGAGGGCGUAGGGUGCGAGCCGCUGGACGAGACGCUGUGCUGGGACUCGUGGGACAGGACGCACGGUGGGCCGCACGACACGCGCACCUCCCCUCGGCCGUCCCGCACUCGGCACCAGCGCCGCUCGGUGCCGUCGGCCGACGAGGACGGCGCCACGGCGUCGGCAGGGCCGGCGCCGUACCUGCUGGCGGGGCCGCUGUCGCCGCUGCCGGUGGUGCUGCACCCGACGCCGCCGGCCACGCCCACCACCAGGGCCGCCGGCAAGGUGAAAUUCCCGACGACGCCGCCGCCGCGCAAGAAGCACCAGACGGGCGUGCAGCCGCCGCCCCCGCCGCCCCACCCGCCCCUGCAGGCCUCCAGCGCCAUCGGCCUGCCGCGCAUUCUGCCCAACCCGGAGCUGCCCCUCAAAAAGUCCAAGUCGGACGAGUCGCAGCUCAGCAACAAGGGCGACGCCAACCCUGCAAACCCUGCCGACCCCAACGCGCCAAAAGGUGACGUUCGUCGGAAGCGGCUGCCCACGGUUGGCGGUGACGGCGGCGACGUGGGCGGCCAGGCGUCGCCCCUGCUGGCGUCGCCGCUGCGGUCGCCGCCGUACGGGCCGUCGGGCUCGGACGGCAGCGACGACACGCCGUCGAGCAUCGGCGGGCGGCUGCAGAUCCCGAAGAGCCCCAAGACGCCGACGGUCAACCGGCAGAUGGGCCACUUCAUCAACCACCGCUUCACCAGGACAUUCAAGAUGAUGACCCAGUGCAACGCGUGCUCCAAGCAGAUGUUCGGCACAGGCGUCAAGUGCAAGGAGUGCGGAUUCGUGUGCCACAAGGACUGCAGCGCCAGCAUUCCGCCGUCGUGCGGACUGCCAACCGGACUAGUCGACGCCUUCAAGGAGAAACUCGAGAGUGACGGAGGCAUUUUCCAGAGUCCAUCGAUGUCGACGGGUCGUAUGACGCGCCUGCGCAAGCCGAGUAAAGGACCGAAGGGUGGUGGCGGAGUGGGCGGCGGCUCAGCGCCGUUCGCUGGCCCCGACUCUUCGUCAAACACGUCUUCGUGCAACAGUUCGACGCCGUCGAGCCCCGCGAUGUUGGUGGCGGCGACCCCGCUGGCCAAGGGGCACUUCCACUUCCCGGAGGUGGGCGUCACCCUGGAGACGCACCCGCUGAGCCCGCCUCCGACGGGCGUGCUGCGCCAGCCGCAGCGGCGGCUGCCGGCCGAGCCGCUCGACACGCGGGUCAACUCGAACGACUCGGACCGCACCAUCGUCUCCUCGAUCGCAGGAGACUCGACCGACUCUGAGCCCAACCGGCUUGACUCGCAGGGCUCCCAGGAAGGAGAAAGACUCGUCUGGCCCAGGCAGAACUCGUUGUCUCUGCGAGAGUGGGACAUUCCGUACGACGAGCUGUCCAUCAGCGAGCCCAUCGGCAACGGCCGCUUCGGCACCGUCUUCAGCGGUAACUGGCACGGCAGCGUAGCCGUCAAGGUGCUUAACAUGGAGUACUUGGACGACGAGAAAACUCUCGAGGCCUUCAAAUCGGAGGUUGGUACAUUCCGGAAGACGCGUCACGAGAACCUUAUCCUGUUCAUGGGCGCGUGCAUGAAGCCGCCCAAGUUGGCGCUGGUGACGUCGCUGUGCAAGGGCCUGACGCUGUUCACGCACAUCCAUUUGCGCAAGGACAAGUUCAACAUGAACAAGACGACCAACAUCGCGCAGCAAAUCACGCAGGGCAUGGGCUACCUGCACUCGCGCGGCAUCAUCCACAAGGACCUCAAGAGCAAGAACAUCUUCCUCGAGAACAACAAGGUCGUCAUCACUGACUUUGGCCUCUUCAACGUCACGCGCCACUGCCAUGGCAACAGGAAAUGUUCCGGAUUGAGCAUUCCACCUGGCUGGCUGUGCUACCUGUCACCAGAAAUCAUCAGGAGCCUGCGCUCCUCGGACAACGACGACCUGCCCUUUAACAAGGCCUCCGACAUUUACGCCUUCGGAACCGUGUGGUAUGAGCUGCUGUGUGGCGAGUGGCCCUUCAAGGAACAGCCUCCGGAGGCGAUCAUCUGGCAGGUCGGAAAAGGAAUCAAACAGUCCCUGGCCCACCUCCAAGCUUCCAGGGACACCAAGGACAUUUUGAUGCUGUGCUGGGCGUUCAAGUCGAGCGAGCGUCCGGACUUUGUGCAGCUGGCGACGACGCUGGGCAAACUGCCGAAGAAGCGGCUGGCGCGGUCGCCGUCGCACCCUGUGCACCUCUCCCGCUCGGCCGAGUCGGUCUUCUGAGCCGAGCCUCCCCUCUGCUGAUCUCAGGCGGCCCCUCCCCGCCCGCCCGCCCGCCCACGCCCCCACGCGCCCUCUGCUAGUCCCCCGCUGACCCCGCGAACAAAGGGAGCCCGCCUUGUGAUUCCCUGCGCGCGACUGAACCGAAAAGAGCGAGUGAAAAUUAAUAAUAAUUAUUAUGCUGUGUGUGCGUGCGUGCGUGCCUGUGGAAGCAUGAGUCAGUCGGUGACACACCGCCUUUUCUGUUGAUGCAUUCGCCAUUAUUAAGAGAAAAUAAAGAAAACCGUGAUAAGAA